AUGUUCACACUCCUCGGCUACAUGCUCGUCGUGGUCAUGGUCGUCGUGGUCUUGCUCAUCGUGGUCUUGCUCAUCGAAGUCUUGCUCGUCGUCGUCAUGCUCGUAGUAUGCGUCCGCCAGGACACCGGCAGGAGCCUCAGCCUCUGCAUCUUCGACAGGCGUGCCGUUGCUUUGCAAAUCCCCUUCCCCAAGCCCUUCAAGCUGAGGCUUCUGGCUAACCGGUUCAAAGAAGGUCCUUACAUCCAGCCGGCGGUGGCUGCUGAGGGUAGCACCUUCUUUGUGCGUUUCGAGAUCGGCCUCCUCUCUAGGGCGAUUGAGCCUUGCCUCCUCUCUAAGUAA